UGACUGGCUGAUUCAGAUCAGUGAGGGUGGGACCAAAAACAGGAAGUAACAGAAACAGUUUCCUCCUCAGAAAUCACAAAAGAGAAAACAACAUAGAGACAGACUGACAGAUAGAGGGACAGACAGAGGGGACAGAGGGACACAGAGGGACAGCAGCACGGUUAAGAUGGAGACGGUGUGUGAGGACGACCUCUGCUGGCUGCAGCUGGAUGAUUUCCGGAUGUUGCUCAUCAAAACCAUCGACCCCUCACGAAUCACUCCCUACCUCCGACAGUGUCAGGUGCUCAGUGCAGAGGAUGAGGAGCAGCUCUUCAAUGACCCCGCCCUUGUCGUCAGGAGAAGAAAAGUCGGAGCUCUGCUGGACAUCCUGCAGAGGACAGGGGUGAAAGGUCACACGGCCUUUCUGGAGAGUCUGGAGCUGGAUUAUCCUCAACUAUACAGCCGCAUUACCGGGAAGGAGCCUAACAAGACCUUUAGCAUCCUCCUCGACACAGCAGGUGAAUCUGGUCUGACCCAGUUCUUGAUGUCAGAGCUGAGCCGCCUGCAGAGAGCGUUGCAGGACGAGAGGAGGCGGCGCCAGCAGGCCUGCUCCGUUGCUAAGGAACAGGAGGUGUGGUCUCGGCAGCAGCAGCUGAGGGACCGCGAGUUGAGAAAGCUGACUGAGCGCGUGCAGAAGGUCCGGGAGGAGCGUGAGCGGCUGAGCGAGGAGGUGAAACAGCUCCGAGAUCACAACUACAGUCUGAUGGCGGACAUCAACAGUCUGAACCAGGAGAAAAGUGCCGCGCUGCUGGCCAACAGAGACAUGCAGAUUGAGGUGGAGCGUCUGAAACACACCGUGCUACGAGCUGAGAGUCAGACUCGACUGCUGAGACGGCGAACACUGAGGCCGCUGCAGGAGAGCAGGAGUUUGGCUCUGCCCUCUGAGACCUUCUUCCACCCCAACAAACUGGAGGAGCUGAAGGAGGACAAACAGGAGGAGAAACAAGAGGAGAAAAAAGAGGAGAAGCAGGAGGAGAAAAAGAAGGAGAAGCAGAAGGAAAGUCCAGCUCCUCCUCCAAUGAACCUCCUUGCCUCAAUGUUGAGACUGAGGAAGGAGCUCCAUAGAGCGGAGGAGCAAAGAGCCAGGAGUGUUGAGGAGAGAGAGGAGUUGGAGCUGCUGUCUGCUCAGCUGAAGGGAGACGCCAAGAUGUACCGCCAACGAAACAAACAAACCCUCCGACAGCUGGAGGAGGUGAUCAGGGAGCGAGACAAGGCUCUGGCAUCUCGGGCGGAACAUCAGGAGGAGGUGCGGCUGCUCCUGCAGGAGAAGGACCAGUACAGGGAGCAGGUCAGACAAAUCACUGAGCAAUCGGAUAGGCUGGAGCUGCUCCUGCUGAGGUCACAGGGGGAGGAGCUACAGCUGAGGACACGCCUCCGCAGACUCACCUGCAACACUCACCAGUGUGAGAGGAGCAGCGAGGAGGAGGAGGAGUCAACAGAGAAGCCUGCUAAAGGUGAGUCAUGUGACCUGCUGCCACAUUUGAAUUGA